AACGCUGAACUCCAGCGCCAGUUAAGCACUGGAAGCGAUUUGGUGGGAAAUGCCUCCUACACGUGUGUGUGUGUGUGUGUGUGUGUGUAUAUACCUGAUCGACAAGCGGCACAUCGAACCCGCCCAGCGUAUUUAUAUUCAUUCAUGCGGUUAAGAAACAAAACAGCUAACCAUUUGUCCAAAAAUGACACUAUGGUUGUCCUGGGGAACUCCACCAGUGCUCCUCCAUAUGAAUGGGAGUACUACUUUGAUUAUCUUGAUCCUGUGUUGGUGGAUGAGAGCCAGCUGAAGUACCAUAAAUACUCAAUUGUCAUUAUACUAUGGGUAACUCUGGUUGCUUUUGUGGGAUUUCUCUUUCUCAUUUUGAAUCUAAUGUCUCUCAGUGUGAAGUUGCCAAAGAUACACAAACCCAGAGUUAAGCGACAACACGAAGGCUCAACUGUUUUACCACAGGAUGAUUCUGGAGAUGGCUCUGACGGCUGUUUGAGCCUUUGAUGAUUUGGACCCUUUUUCUUUUUGGAUUUUGCACUUGGCUCCGGUCACCAAGCCGACGUGGGACAGGAACAGGUCUGCUGAAGCUGCUCCACUCCACAGCUCGUGGAUGUACAACGACAACAGAAACAGUCCUGGUGCUGGAAAGAAGAAAACAAAGCUUAAAUAACCACAGCUUAUUAAAAAUGAGUAGAAAUAAACAAAAAAAUGUUUCAUCUUAUUUAUUAUCAUCAAUUACUUUUUCACACUAGGCCAGGUUGGUUUUUCUCUUAAUGAUUAAAAUCAUAAUUUGGAAAAUUAGCAUUUUGUAUUUACUCAAGUUAUCUUUACUCAAUAUUAAAGGGAACAUAUCAUGCAAAAUCCACUUUUUUAGGCCUUAAAUACACAUUGUUGUGUACUUUGGAGUCUGUAGGAGUGCAGAAAACCUGAACCGAGUCUCUCCAGGAGCUGCGUAGCUAUCUUUAUUUUCUGUUUGGGUCAUAUUUUUCAGUCCGUUCAUUUUUCUCUUUUUUGAACUGUUAUGUCACAGUAUUUGAUGCGGAACAACUAAACAAGGUAGAAUUCCGGCUGGCCAAUUUGGCAUAUCUGCCAUUUUUAUUUCUUGCUGAAAAUGCUAAAUUGACAACUUUAUUUUAGACAUGAAUUUAUUGUGUGUGGACAUGAUAUCCUGACCAUUGUUUUAAUAGCAGUAUAGUAGGAUCGUUCCUUCUGCUUAUGAUAGUGCUGUAAGCUGCUUUUAGCUCCUUGAGGACAUAACUGUACUGCGUGUUUUCAAUAUUAUUAUUACAUAAACACCUUAUCAUUG